GAUAUGGCGUGUUCGUGAGCAGUGCAUGACCACCGAUCCUUAUACUGUCACAAUGUACUCCUGCCGAACAAUUUCACCAUCUAUACCUAUGUCUGCCAUUCGCCCACGCACAGAACCCCUGACAUUUGAUGUCUCGAAUGAUCUCCAGUAUCUUGCCAGUGUUUUGCCUCCACCAACUCUAUGUUCUGGAACGGCUACUAUGUCUGAAGGGUCUGCUUUAUGUCUAGAACGCUGCCAUUGCUACUGCCCUUCGGGAUGUAGACCCUGUUUCGCAGACUUCGCUGCAGAGGACUGUCCUGUCUGCGAAGCCAUUUAGGAUGCCUUUGGCAUCCGUCUCUGCGCCUAACCUAUUGUGUACCUCACGUACAAAUACCGAACCGUACGGGGCUUGUAGGAGAUCCGCUAUUGCGUCGUCCUGCCAGUCUACCUGAUCUUGAAGUCCGUUGAUCGUGUGGCGCGCCACAUCAAUCUAGGGUUGCACCGUACUCUCUCCUCUUUUCGUUCCAUUGGAUCUCUUUCCGAGCGCGUUCGUUGUGCUGAUACUUAUGUUGAGUCUAGCAACCAUGACAACUGUACCCCCACUCUCGCUUACAAGACAAUCACACCCAUCCACCGCGACCUCCGAUCUCUCUUCCCUGGUUGAACUUCUCAGCGGUCCCUCGGCUUCUACAUCCUCUUCGCCGUCAUCCAACGCCAAACAAUCAAUAGAUCUGCAAUCUACCCUGACCUCCGCCUACCUCUCCCACCUAACGACUCUUCCCCUCCCUUCCCUCCUCUCGGAGCCCACCUCGCUCUCGUCCACCUCCUCCCAACUCACCAACGCCCUCACAACCCUCUGCACUUCCUCCUACCCCACCUUCCUCUCGCUCCAUACCUCAACAUCCUCCCUUCACUCCUCUCUCGACACCUUCUCCACCUCCCUGUCAACAUUACUAGACACACUUCCCGCCCUCGAAUCCUCCUCGAAAUCAUUCUCCACCCAAAUCAAACACGUCCAAUCCGAACGCCAAAAAGCCUCUCUCGUCCUCGACCAAUCCUCAAAACUCAACGACAUCCUGGAGCUCCCUUUCCUCACCGAGACCUGCAUCCGGAACGGCUUCUACGCGGAGGCUCUCGACCUACAUUCCCACGCGACCGCCCUCGCGGCGAAGUUCCCGGACGUGAGGGUGGUGGCGGAUGUGAAGGCUGAGGUGGAUGGCGCGAUUAGGGGGUUGGUGCAGGGGCUAGUGGGGAUCUUGAGGGAGCCGGGGGUUAAGCUUCCGGCGCUCUGGAAGGCGGUGGGGUUUUUGAGGAAGAUGGGGGUGUUUGGAGCUGGGGAGGAAGGGGAAGAGGAAUUGGCGAUAGCGUUUUUGAGCGGGAGGGGGGAGUGUUUGGAGGCAGCGUUGAGGGCUGUCGGGGCUGGGAUGGAGGGUGAAGUUGGUGUGGGAGUGGGAGUGGGUACGGGGGUUGGUAUCGGGAAGGAGGGAUGGGUUAGAUAUUUAAAGAAGUAUGUGGAUGUGUGGAGGGAGGGUGUACAUGAUGUCGUCACUCAAUUUUCGACCAUCUUCCUCACGCCGUCUGCGUCUUCCACAACAACCGGAACAUCAACUCCACCGAAAACACUCACCCCCCUUCCUCUCCGCUCAAGCACCCCGACACUGUCCUCCCCUACGUCCUCCACCUCGCCACGAACACCGUCCGCCUUCAUCCUCACCCUCCUCCCGACCUUCACAUCCAACGCGAUCCACACCCUCCUCCUCCCCACCCUCCAAACCGUUCUUCCUCACAUCCAAGACCCCUCCUCGCUCACAUCCCUCCUCACCCAACUCACCUACUGCGCCACCUCCUUCUCCCGCAUUGGCCUCGAUUUCAGAGGCCUGUUGGGUCCAAUAUUCGAGGAUGCCGUCCGGGGGAGCGUCGAGUCCGCGCUGAAGAACGCGACGGAUGAGUUCGUUGCGCUCGUGCAGAGGGAGACGCGGUCGGGAGCCAACGCGAAGGGGGGGAGGUUGCCGAGCGGGUGGUUGGUUUUGACGACCCCUCUGGGCGCGAUACAGGUUCCGCAGGCAGUUCAAUCAAACGUGUUGGAUGGGACGCCGGCGCAUGUUCCGCCGCAUAUGUUGACUUCGUACCCCUCGCUCGCGGUAUACGUGAACGCGAUCCUGACGACGUUUAACUCGUUGAGAUUGCUCGCGCCGGCUGCGUUGCUACCUGUCCUUCUAUUGAAUUUGGACGAGGCGUUGGCGAGGAGUGGGGAUGUGUUGUUGAAUUAUGUGAAGAUUGUCGAGGACGGGUUGGGCAGAUCAGAAGGAGAUGAUGACGCGACAGAGAUAGAGAAGGGAGCGAGGGAGAGAGAAGUAUUGAUCGUUAGGCGGGUGGGUGAGGUUUGGAUCCAGGUGCUCGUUCCAUUUUUGAGGGGGGGGUUGAGUGAGGGCGUUUACGGGGUAUCUUCGGAGGUUAUGGAUGGAGAGGACGGUGACGAGAGAAAGAUGGGAGAGAAUCUGGAGCGGGUUAUGAUUGAGUGGAGAAGUUGGCUGGAUGGGGCGAACGGAGGGAAGGAGAGGGAAGACAGCGCAGAGGGAGAAUGA